GUAUACCCUUGCCACUGCGAGCGAGCGCGAAUGCAACGCCGUUCUGCCUCAGCGUGCUACCAGCUCGGCGAUAUUGGCGUACGCACGACUGAAACGACCGCCCUUGGCACGGUAUGUAGCAGACGACCCAGUGUUAGUGAUUGCCAUGAGCGCCGUAGAAGACGACGCAGCCGCGGUUGCGGAUCGGCUCACCGCCAAGGAACAAGCCACCCUCGAUCAAUUCCGAAUCUCAACGGCCGAUCUUUCGCUACCGUCACGGGAAGACUGGUACCUGCUCAAAUGGCUGCGUGCCAGGAAGUUCGACACAAAAGAGGCAAGAAAAAUGCUGGUUGAGCACAUCGCCUGGCGAAAGAAGAACGAGGUGGACAGCAUACUGGAGGACUACCAACCCCCCAAGGUGCUCCUGGAGUACUUCCCUGGCGGCUUCGUGGACUGCAGCACUGACGGCAGGCCGGUGCUCAUAGUUCCUGUGGGACAGGCAGACUUCAAAGGCAUGCUUGAAGCCGCAUCGCGCGCUGAUCUUCUACGUCACUGCAUCUAUCUCCUGGAGUCACAAGAAGAGCUCAAGAGGAAUCUCACUCUGCAGAACGGCGGCCCUCGGAUCGAAACCAUGCACGUUGUGGCGGACAUGGAAGGCUUUUCAUUCUGGCAGCUUUCGUCUCUCGAAGUUGUGUCGGCGCUCACCGAUGUGGUUCGGAUGUACGAAGACAACUUUCCUGAAAUUCUGGAGCAGGCUUACCUCGUCAACGCGCCCAGCUUAUUUCCCCUUCUGUGGAACAUCAUCAAACCGCUGCUGACUCAGAGGACCAUGAGCAAAGUGCAUAUAUUUGGAAGAGGUGGUUGGCAAGAGCUGCUGACGAGUCGCAUGAACGUUGAGCGGCUUCCCGUACAAUGGGGCGGCAAGCUGACGGGACCGGACGGCGAUGAACGCUGCAGAAACCUGAUCUGCCCAGGUGGUACCAUCCCGGACAAGUACCGGCGAAAGGGGUCCGAAGCUGCAGGUGCCGAGUCGCACACCGUCGGAGCUGGCAGCAGCUGGACUCUGCCGGUAUCCGUGGCGCGAGCAGGCUCAGAGCUGCGGUGGGAUUUCUGCACGUCGAGCGGGGACCUGAAGUUCGCCGUACGAUUCAGGCCGAACGAUGGUGGCGCCGGAGACGUGGACGAGUCACGCGAUCUGGUGCCUCCCACGAUGGUCCCGUGUUCUCGCCACGAGCCACACAGUGGCAGCGUGCACUGCCAGGAGCCCGGAACGUAUGAGCUCGUGUUCGACAACUCGUACAGCUGGCUGACGCGCAAGGAAGUGAGCUACAGUGUGAAGCUGCUGCCUCCACCGACGAGAAGCGAGACCUGACGGAAGAGGACGCCGGAGAAGGGGACCAGUACACGGCAGUGCAUAGCGUCGCUUAUGAGCGGCGAGGUCGCUAAGGUCGACGUAGAGUUACUGUAUAUGUUCCGUAGGGAGCAUACGCAGUGACUCUAGUUCGACGUACGCAUAGGCGUGCGCAACGUUCUCCAUUAGGGGAGGGGGAAGGGGCAAAGUUUUACCGCAGCGCACCCCACCCGCCACCCCUAUAUUGCUCAUUACCGAAAGAAAACGAGCUUCACAAUGGAUGCAAAAAUGAUAAUUAAGCGACGAAGUGCUUCUCACAACAGCCUGCCCUUGGUCCCCGGCUUUCCUGGGUUAAAUAUGGGAAGUAAACGGUUCCUGGAAUGCAACAUCUGGGCUCUUCGGCCACCAUUAUCGUGAAAACCUUGCAUGCCCAUACCCUGCACUUGAAACAAUGACGGUAAAGGUCCGACUGAGCAAAGGUAUGGGGCAGACUUGGUGCUGUCCUUAGGUGAUUACGGGGGGCGCCCUCCCCCCUGCCCCCUCCCCUGUGCGCGCUCCUAUGCUGAGUGCCAUUGGAGGACAAUUCGACGUCUUCAGGAAAAGCACAGCGCUAGCUGUAUUCCUGGUACAAAGUGCCGUGCAGGGGAUGCAGCCAGGAUUUUAUUUCGAGGGAGAGGGGGGGUGAAGACGUGCUGUUUUGACCCUCUAUGUACAUGCGUACUUGUAAGUGUCCAUGUAUAAUAUAUAUAUAUAUAUACAUACCAGGCCCGUAGCCAGGAAUUUUUUUCGGAGGGGAGGGGGGGAGGCACUUGCUGAACACCUUGACUAUUUGAGAAAAAAAACUAUUUUUAUUAUUUAUUUUUGGUAAAAACACCUACUUCACCAAACUUUCGGGGGGGGGGGGGGGGGGGGCACUAGAGCCCUCCCCCUGGCUACGGGCCUGAUACAUACAGACUAAAAGGAAUUUGGGGAAGGAAGGAGGGAGGGA